UUGAGGCAUCCUUCGUCUGACUGAGCCGCAAUGCUGCUCCUGUUGCUGCUGCUCUUCGAAGGAUAUCUCCAGCAUGGAACAAGCCUAGACGCACCCCAGGUCCCAGGACCCCCUGAUCCAGCCACAGAAGAGCCCCUCUCCUUCCGCAUCCUCCAGACCUUCUCCUUUGCCAACAGCAGUUGGGCGUCCUUGCAGGUAUCGGGCUGGCUGGGCGAUCUGCAGACUCAAGGCUGGGACAAGGUCCUGGGCACCAUGAGCUUCCUGCGGCCCUGGUCCCAGGGCAACUUCAGCUCUGAGGAGCUGAAGAACCUGCAAAAUCUGUUCCUACUCUACUUCCACGGUUUCAUCAUUGAGGUGCAGGCCUUUGCGCACCAGUUUCAGUUUGAAUACCCCUUCGAGCUCCAGGUGUCAGCUGGCUGUACGGAACAUGCUGGGAAGGCCUCAGGCAGCUUCUUGAAUGGGGCUUAUCAAGGCUCAGAUUUUCUGAGUUUCCAAGGAAACUCCUGGCAGCCAUCUCCAGGAGCUGGGAGUCGGGCUCAGAAGGUCUGUGCGGUGCUCAGCAACUACCUAGAUAUUAAGGAAAUCGUGCAGACCCUUCUCAGCCACACCUGCCCUCGGUUUCUGGCAGGAAUCCUUGAAGCAGGGAAGUCAGAACUGGAACGACAAGUGAAGCCUGAGGUUUGGGUGUCCAGUGGCCCCAGUCCCAGUCCCGGCCGUCUGCUGCUGGUGUGCCACGUCUCCGGCUUCCACCCAAAGCCUGUGUGGGUGAUGUGGAUGCGGGGUGAGCAGGAGCAGCGGGGCACCCAGCAAGGCGAUGUCCUGCCUAAUGCUGAUGAGACGUGGUAUCUCCGAGUGACCCUGGAUGUGGUGGCCCAGGAGGCAGCUGGCCUGUCCUGCCAAGUGAAGCACAGCAGUCUGGGAGGCCAGGACAUAAUCAUCCACUGGGGAGGUGGAAACUCAGUCCUGCUGACACUGCUCUGUCUGGUGGUGAUAGUGACCCUGCUCCUGCUGCUUGUAAGGCACUCCUGCUUUAAAAAGCACAGCUCAAGUCGGAAGGCCCUGGCGCCCCCUACCCCCAGUCCUGACUCCCCCAUAGGGGCCGAUGCCCAGGGGCCCAGGACUCCUGGACACCAGCUCUACAUGCCACAGGAAUCGUGGAUCAAGAAUAGAUUUUUAGAGAAAUGGAAAACAAGCCUAAACCAACUCUGGCGACAUUAGUUUUACCUCACACAUAAAAUCCUUUUCUGCUUCUUAAACAUGGUUUAUACCUAUAAA